AUGAAUUCAAAAAUUUAUCGGAUUGAGAACUCAGAAAACCCCACCGGACGCUGGCUACAGGACAAUCCGCAGAGAUGGCGACCGAGUAUUGUGAAAGCUCAAGAUCGCCUGGUAUUGCUUCGCAGUCAGUUGGUAGAGCUAAACAACAAGCGAAGCUCAGUCCGCAGAAGUUCACUAGAUCCAAGCCCGCGGAACGAUUCUAAAACUAAUACCGGACACCUGGCCACCUUCUCUCAUCCUGAGCCCAUUCGUAUCGACCAAAGCGCGAAAAACCAAGUAACAGCCAAUGUCAACGCUUCAAAGAACAACAACCUCGGAUUCACGUCAACGUUUUUGAAAGCUUGUCAGCAUCUGCUAGCUGAGAUUUGGAAAUGCUGCAGCCGUGACCAGGAGCGAGCAGUGAUCCGGCAAAACCGAGUUCACUAUGACCUCAGCCGUCUGAUCUUGUGGGGCGACUUGUUCGAUAGUGGACAACUCGAUGUCUGCACAGAGAAAUCUGCAGAGAUACGUGAUUGUGUACUCAAGAUCUUUUACAAAAUCGGUACAACUUUGAUAAAAGGCGUAUUAGAGAUCGAAGCCGUCGCCUCCACAUCCCCAAAUGAAAAUAUAAUAAGUCACGUUGACGCGGUCACUGAUCACCUAGAAACGACAAGAUCUAUGCUCAACCUUCCUGACGAUUAUGAUGAGACUGCUGAUACAGAUUCCGAGUCAUCAGAAGGCGCCGACUCUCCCAAACCAAUGGAAACCAAGUUUCACAGAGACCUGGAGAAUUACAUCCUAUGUUUGACGGAUCUCAGCCCAACCCUGGAGGAAAUUCUGCAAGAUGUGGAUAUGUCUAGAAAAGAUCAAGGAAAUCAAGCUCAAGGAAUUUCCCCCCAGUCUAUCGAAUCUGCAAAACAAUCUGUUAUAAACCUAUGA